AUGAAGUCGGUAUUGGCGUUGUUUUUUGCAUUUUUGGCCACGGUUCUGGCCCACAACGUGCUCCUUCCUCCACAUGGAAAACACUGUUUCUUUGAAGAAGUGCGUAGUGGUGAUGAAUUGGCUGUUAGUUUCCAGGUGGGGUCUCGUGAUCCCAAGAAUCUGGAACAGUUUAUGAUUGAUUUCUACGUAACAACGCCCAAUAACCAGGUAGUGUUGAAGAGAACCGACCUCGACCAUGGAGACGAACUCAUCAAGGUCGAUACCAAUGGAAAAUACUACUACUGUUUCUCCAAUGAAAGGUCCAGUAGAGUCGACGUGGAUGUGUCUUUCAACGUUCAUGGAGUCAAAUAUAUCGAUGCCAGUGACUCGAGGUCCAAUACUUUGGACUAUGCCAUCCAACGGUUAUCACAAUUAACCGAUGAUGUUCGCGCAGAACAGAGUUACUUGGUAAUGAGAGAGAGAACCCACCGUAAUACUGCCGAGAGUACCAACGAUCGGGUCAAGUGGUGGUCUGUGUUCCAAAUUGCGGUUGUGGCCAUCAACUCGCUUUUCCAAAUUUAUUACUUGAAGCGGUUUUUCGAGGUGAAGAGCGUGGUAUAA